CUUUACACGACCCUUACGCGUAAGGACGCGUUACAUGUAAUUCGCGAAUUCUAGGAUAGGCCUUCCUUGCUUGCUGCCAAUUCGUUUCGUCGCGCGCCCAAGUCCGUCCAACCCCACAAUCCACCUUGGGACCCCCUUUCUCUUUUUCAAUUUUGAAUUCGAGUCCCACCAUCACUUUCACUCUCCCCUACCCACAUGACCAAUUCAUAAUACCAUAUCUCUGUACCAAAUUACGAGGAAUACAUAAUUCAUUCACAAUGAGUUCGCCUUUGCGCAUGAACAUGGAUUCCGCUAACCGCGGUGCCACUCCUCGUGCGAGUCGUAAACGCUCGCGCACAGGCGGCGAUGCCUCCUCUUCUGUUGCCGCUUCCAGCCCUAUGCCCUCGUCUCCGCCCGCCUUCAACAUCGCACAUGGCGGUGACGACGACGAUGACGACAUCGAAGAAGAGCCCGAGAUCCAAGAUGACUUGGACGAUCUGGAUGAGAUGGCCGAGGACGAUGUGGACCUCUUUCGUGAAGGUUUCGAGCGAGAUUACAGAGAAAAAGACGACAACGAUGGAUAUGAAGGGAUUGAUAUUGACGACGAGGGCGAAUUCGACGAGAUGAACCUUGGCGAUAGGCGCCGACUAGAAGCUCAACUCAAUCGCCGAGAUAGAGAAGUUGCUCGUAGACGCCGGAUGCCGCAAGCAUUCCUUCAAGAUGAGGAUGAAGAUGGCGAUAUUGAUCUUACCGCUCAACCUCGUCGCCGUCGUCAUCACUACGAUGAGGACCCAGAUGACGAGAUGGACCAGGAUAUUAUGGACGAAGAACUCUCACUCGAAGCAUUACAAGAUGUGAAGGCCUCGAGUUUGACCGAAUGGGUAUCGCAACCAUCGGUGCAGCGCACAAUUAAGCGAGAAUUUAAGGCCUUCUUGACAGAAUAUACCGACGAGAGCGGUUCAUCAGUUUACGGAAACCGUAUACGAACCUUGGGUGAGAUCAACGCCGAAACACUCGAGGUUUCUUAUGACCAUUUAUCCUCGUCUAAGGCUAUUUUGGCUUACUUCCUCGCAAACGCCCCCGCUGAGAUGCUUAAGCUCUUUGACGAUGUAGCCAUGGAAGUCGUGCUUCUCCAUUAUCCCGAUUACGAACGUAUUCACUCCGAUAUCCACGUUCGUAUUUUCGACCUACCCGUCCAUUACACUCUCCGCCAGCUGAGACAGUCACAUCUCAACUGUCUUGUAAGAGUGAGCGGCGUUGUUACACGACGAACUGGUGUCUUCCCCCAACUUAAAUACGUCAAGUUCGAUUGCACUAAAUGCGGUGUAACAUUGGGGCCUUUCCAACAGGAGUCCAAUGUUGAGGUCAAAAUUUCGUUCUGCCAGAACUGCCAGUCUCGUGGGCCAUUCACCCUAAACUCGGAGAAGACAGUUUACCGUAAUUACCAAAAACUGACACUCCAAGAGUCACCCGGAACGGUCCCUGCCGGUCGUCUACCUAGACACCGAGAGGUCAUCCUCCUUUGGGAUUUGAUCGACAAAGCAAAGCCCGGCGAAGAAAUUGAGGUCACUGGUAUUUAUAGAAAUAACUAUGAUGCCCAACUGAACAAUCGUAAUGGCUUCCCCGUUUUUGCGACCAUUCUCGAAGCGAACAAUGUGGUCAAGGCCCAUGACCAACUUGCCGGAUUCAGACUCACUGAAGAAGAUGAGCAUGAGAUUCGUAAAUUAUCCCGCGAUCCCCAAGUCGUUGAUAAGAUAAUUAGCUCGAUAGCACCAAGUAUCUACGGACACACCGACAUCAAGACUGCUAUUGCCUUGUCUCUGUUUGGUGGUGUGGCGAAAACAACAAAGGGCGCCCAUCAUGUGCGAGGAGAUAUCAAUGUCUUGCUGCUUGGCGACCCAGGUACAGCCAAAUCCCAGGUGCUGAAGUAUGUAGAAAAAACAGCGCACCGUGCUGUCUUUGCCACUGGUCAGGGAGCGUCCGCUGUCGGUCUUACGGCUAGUGUCCGCCGAGACCCCUUGACUAGUGAAUGGACUCUGGAGGGUGGCGCCCUGGUGCUUGCAGACAAGGGCACGUGUCUAAUCGAUGAAUUCGAUAAGAUGAACGACCAAGAUAGAACGUCUAUCCACGAAGCUAUGGAACAGCAGACAAUUUCUAUUUCAAAAGCAGGCAUCGUAACCACCUUACAAGCUCGAUGCGGUAUCAUUGCAGCAGCCAACCCCAUUGGCGGCCGCUACAAUUCCACGAUACCAUUCUCGUCUAAUGUCGAAUUGACCGAGCCUAUCCUGUCUCGUUUUGACAUCCUAUGCGUUGUACGAGAUACUGUAGACCCUUCUGAAGAUGAACGCCUAGCUCGUUUCAUCGUUGGCUCCCAUAGUCGCAGCCAUCCAUCCACCCAGCCAGCCGAAAGUUCUAUGGAGGUUGAGCCUGAAUCUGAGGUAGCACAAGAAACCCAAACACAGAAGAAGGAAGGUGAAAUCUCCCAAGAAUUAUUGCGCAAGUAUAUUCUAUAUGCACGAGAGCAUUGCCAGCCGAAGCUAUUGCAUAUGGAUGAAGACAAGGUUGCGCGACUCUUCGCAGAUAUGCGACGAGAAUCGCUUGCUACUGGUGCCUACCCCAUUACCGUACGUCACUUGGAAGCUAUCAUCCGAAUAUCUGAGGCAUUCUGCCGAAUGCGAUUGUCGGAGUAUUGUUCGGCUCAGGACAUCGACCGCGCGAUCGCGGUUACUGUCGACAGUUUUAUUGGUAGCCAGAAAGUCAGCUGCAAGAAGGCUCUUGCGCGAGCAUUUGCCAAGUAUACUUUAGCAAGACCCGGGGCUAACAGCACUCGAAGAGGCGCGCAGCCUCAGCGAAGAACUGCUGCUGUCGCAGUAUAGUCCCGAUUACGAUGUUUGCUACUUUUAGUGCGGAGUGUAAUCACAUUUUACGAAGGAGGGGGUCUUCGGGUAUUGAGAGUAUGACAUUAAGCAAGGGUACCGGCCCUCUUUGAUGAUAUUGAUGAUGUUGAUAGUGAUAUGGUUAUACGGCCUGGGGGAUUUGGUUGAGUAUCCUACGGCGUUUAUCGGGAUUGUUACCAGUCUCAACGAAAGUUACAUCCUACAUCUGAGAUGAAUUGGUAUUAGAAGUUCGAGAAUAUAGAAAUAAUACUUUAUUAAUGAUCCAA